AUGGCGGAAGAUCGUCGCUUUUCUGGCAUGUUAGGUAGCAUUGACUGCAUGCAUUGGCAAUGGAAGAAUUGUCCAAAGGCGUGGAAAGGUAUGUACAUGAGUGGUUAUCGUGGAGUUGCAACCAUAGUACUUGAGGUUGUAGCAUCUUCAGACCUUUGGAUAUGGCAUGUGUUCUUUGGGGUUUCUGGUUCAAAUAAUGAUAUCAAUAUGUUAGAUCGUUCGCCAGUGUUCAAUGAUAUUCUAAAUGACCGUGCUUCAGACAUAAACUUUACUAUUAAUGGUAAUAACUAUACUAUGGGAUACUAUUUAGCAGAUGAUAUUUAUCCUGAAUGGGCCACAUUUGUCAAAUCAAUCUCAAAAUCACAAGGGGGAGAAACGCAAGUUAUUUACACAAUACCAAGAAGGGCAAAGGAAAGAUGUAGAGUGAGCAUUCGGAGUGUUGCAAGCACGCUUUGCAAUUAUACGUGGUCAAGCACAUUUUUGGGGAAUGAAGAAACUUGCAAACAUAAUGCAAGCUUGUAUUAUAUUGCAUAA